CCUCACAUUAUAUAAAGGGUCCAGCUUAUAAACUGCAAUGUUUUGAUUUGAUGUCUACUGCUAGAAAAUUCUCUCCCUUCCAAUGAUCAUCUGAAAUUACAUAGGAUUAUAUUUAUAGGGUCAUCAAGAACUCUUCAGCAUUAAAAAAGGUGAUUUAUAAUCAGAAAACAAGGGACAGCCACACAGAAGUUAUCUUGAAUCAGAAAACAUGAUGCUAAGAAGCUCUUCAACACCAGUUCUUGGAUCCCUCCUCUCAUCCUUCCCAGAUAGUCCUAACAACAAUAUUCACUCAGAAACCUGUCAUGCACUUAAACACUUUCCACCAACCAGUGUCCCACAACCUUAUCACAAACUUACUUGCCACCAAACCCGGUCCUUUGCAUGUGGUUCUUCUCCAAUCUCUCCCUCAAUUGGUGAGCUUGAAAGGCAAAACAAAGGCUUUAGAAGAGUCCAAUCUGAUGGGAACUUGCAAGACUUGGCCUACUUUUCUUGCAACAAUGAAGAAAGGUUGGAGUAUUUAGACCCUUCCAAGAGGUUUUCAGCUAGACACAGGAGCUUGGUGCUGGAGACAAUUCCUUCUUACUCUACUGCUAAGCACAAUGGCUUGAGUGAAGAAGAGGAAGAUGAAGAAAUGGAAAGUGAGAGUGAAGAUGGGUUCAGUGUGGUGAAUGGUGGAAAGGAUGUGAUAUUCAGUGAAGAGGUGAGAGUGAAGAAUGGAGUUUGUAGGGUGAGUUUUGGUGACCAGGAAGAGGUUGGUAGUGGUAAAGAAAUGUAUCUUGCAAAGGGACUUGGUGUGGAGUGUUGUGGCGAUGGCAUAGGUGGUUGUAGAGGCGGCGGUGGUGGUGAUCAUAAUCCCUUGGGUUCUGGAGGAAAUGAUGGAGAUAGGCAUGCAGUGGAAGAAUAUUACAAGAAAAUGGUUAAGGAAAAUCCUGGGGAUCCAUUGUUUCUGAGGAAUUAUGCUAAUUUUUUGUAUCAGUACAAACAAGACUGUGAAGGAGCAGAGGAGUAUUAUUCCCGCGCCAUACUUGCAGACCCGGAUGACGGAGAAGUUCUAUCACAGUAUGGGAAGUUAGUUUGGGAGCUACAUCAUGACCAAGAACGUGCCUCCAGCUAUUUUGAAAGAGCAGUCCAAGCCUCUCCUGAAGACAGCCAUGUACAAGCAGCAUAUGCUAGUUUCCUUUGGGACACGGAGGAAGACGAGGAUGGUAGCAACGAACCACAAUGUUUGCCGCCACAUUCUCUUCAAGGAGCUAUAGCUACUGCAGGUGCUUGAAUUGGUGGUGAAGUUUGUACGUGCAAGAGAGUGUCUCAUGAUGUAAACAAGUUCUUAUAUUGAAGCCAAUGUUGUAGCUGUUGAGAAAGCAGUAAAUAACUGAAUGCAUAAACUCAUGUGUAGUAGCACUAAGACAAGCGACCACCCUUUUAAUUAAUCAACGUGGCUUAUUUGGGACUACUAGUACUUGUAUGUUGGUUUGUUGCAUCAAAGGCACUGCAAUUUAAGCAACUUUACACGGUGCUAUUAAGAUGGAAUCAGAACAUGUUCCAAAAGCCAGCUUGAACGCUCGAGAAAAGGUUCUAGAAGACCUAAAUAUGAACGGAAAUUUGACAGGCUAACUAUUCUGUUCUUGUUUUUCGCAAGGGAAUCAGGGAUCACAGUUAUGGUUGUGGAAGUUGUAGGUGCAGUAUUAUGACCAUGGAGAAUAUUUCAUGUUAUUAAGGGUCUUGACGAUAGAAGGAACAGGAAGGAUUGAAUGUUAUUGUUGAAUAGGUAAUACGAUAUUUUGCUGAUUGCUUGCA